UUUAUCAACGAAAUUGGUUUAUGGUUAAAUGGCAUUCUGCUAAAACUUUUGCAGCGUUGGAAGGAGGGGGUAGGGCUGGGGAAUUGUCAGCAGCAACUGGGGGGUCUGAGCCUUUACAAGUUCAGUAUGAAUUGUUGGGGUUUGGGCCUAAUUUUCGACUUCAAAUAAAAAUUUUUUGUAGCGGGGAAAUAGAAAAUGUUGAAAGAUGGCUAAUAUUUAUAUUUAAUGAACAAGAAUAUUCUUUUAGUCAUCGAAUGAUUUUUAUUCCUCGAUUAUUUCCAAAUAAACAAUUAAAAUUUUAUUCUGAUAUUUAUUGUCUUCAUCCAGACAAGCAACAUUUAAUUGGGGAAGAAGAAACAGAAAUAAGAAUUAUUUUGAUGAGAAAGGACAGAACGAAACCUGUUUGGUCAGCUAAUUUUCAAAUGCCUGCAAGUGAAUUGUUAAUUGAGUAG